AUGCCCGCCUCACCAUCCCGCACCCCCUCCCCCGCGCCCGCGCCCCCAACCGCCGACGCACCGGGCCCCAAAGCCACGCGCCUCAUCACCAUCUUCACGCAGUCCGUCGACGCGACCCUGGCCAAAUGCUCCUACAGCAGCUUCGCCGCCUGCUUCCCCACCGCCGCGAAAUACGUGCCCGAGAGCCUGGACGCACUGUGGCGCAACUUCACGGGCCAAUUGGGGAGUGUGUGGAAGGCCGAGUUUGAGGCGAUUAUGAAGGAAAGGGAGGUCGUGAAGAGUUUGAAUGGGUUGGAUGAUGCGGUGGGGGAGGCGCGGAAGAGGAUGGAGAGGGAAGGGGGCGGGGGGGUGGUGCCUGUGCCGCCGCACACGCUUUCGCCUGAGACGUUGCAUCUUGCGCAUCUGAUGCCUUUUCUCGAAGAACAUACGGCAAUUUUGAAUACACAACUUGCGGAGACGCAGACAAAGAAUAAAGAGUUGGCGGAUGAGGUUAUGGGCCAGAGGAAGGAGAUUGAGACCUUCAUGAGGGGGCUAGAGAGUGUAAUAAGGGAUCUGGAGACCUCCGCGCAGUUGAUGAGGGCGGAGGAGGUGCAGGGACUGGGUGCGGAGGUUAGGGAGAUUGAGGCGGGGAUGAAGAAGUGA